ACAAUAUCCCUCCAAUCACUUCUUCUAUAUUCACUCUCUCAAAUACUUAGAAACAAAAUAUAAAAACAAAUUAAAAAAAAAAAAACUUUAUGUUAUUUAAAUUUUGGAAACUAGGGUUUUAAACAUCAUUUUCUCUUUCAACUUUGGAAACUUCAUCUUCACAAGGUAGAAUGUAUGCUUAACAAAUGUUUGAUUUGUUUCCUUAACUUUAUCGAAUUGAAUUUCGAUUAGUUUCCAUUUGGGUUUGUUUUCGAGUUUAUGAAAUUGCGCUUUCUAGAUGGUGAGUUGUUUGAGAUGAUAGAUUUGGGGUUAUUUUAGUAAUUAGAUAGAAGAAGAUAGAAAUUUGUGUUGUAUAUCGAUAUGAGGACGAGUGGUUAUAGUAUGCCUUUUGGGACGUUUAGGAGAUCGAUAAUGGGAAUAGGGCAUGAUCACAAUCAGAUUCAUUCGAUGGAUGUUAAUAAUGAAUCUAGUUCUGAGUUUCAUUGUGAACUAGGGUCGUUUGAUCAUCAAGUUUUUAGGCAGUUUCGGACGCUCUCAGCUACCUCUGCUGAUGAACUUUUUUCUCUUGAUUGGGUUUCUAAGUUGUUAGAUGCUUUUAUUGCCGUUCAAGAAGAUUUUAAAGUUAUAUUGUCAAAGAAUGAGGCUAUUCUUUCUAAACCGCCUUUAGAUAGGUUUGUGACUGACUUCUUUGAUAGGAGUAUUCGGGCACUUGAUGUUUGUAAUGCUCUUCGUGAUGGGAUUGAAAAGAUCCGGCUUUGGAAUAAACAUUUAGAGAUUGUUUCAAGUGUGUUUGAUUCGAAACAUAAAAAUGUAAUGGUUGAAGGUCAGUUUAGGAGGGCGAAAAAAACUUUGACUGAUUUAGCUAUUGUCAUGCUUGAUGAUAACAAAGAGGCAACAUCCAUGUUUUCACAGAGAAACCGAUCUUUUGGACGCCCAAAUAAAGGAAAAGAACAUCAACAUAAACCAGGGCACUCGAGGUCUCUUUCUUGGAGUGUACCUAAUUCAUGGUCAGCAAGCAAGCAGCUUCAGUUGAUAGCUAACGGGUUAGUCCCACCUCGAUCGCACGAAAUAUCUGCUACCAAUGGUUUAGCUAAUGUUGUUUACACAAUGGGUUUUGUUCUUAUGUUUGUUUUAUGGGCUUUGGUGGCUGCCAUCCCAUGUCAAGAUCGGAGUCUUCAAGUUAGUUUUUCUGUACCGAGACAAUACUCAUGGGGUACUCCAUUGAACUUGCUUCAUAUUCGAAUUGUGGAUGAAUCCAAGAAACGUGAAAGGAAGAACAGUGUUGGGCUGCUAAAGGAGAUUUACCAAAUGGAAAAGUCAAUCCAUCUGGUCACAGAUUUGGUUGACUCUAUCAACCAGUUUCCAUUGACUGAAGAGCAGAGGGUCGAAGUGCAGACAAGCUUUCAACAAGUGUCUCAAGUUAGUAACUCAUUUAAAAACGGAUUGGAUCCAUUGGAACGCCAAUUGAGAGAAAUGUUUCGCAAGAUUAUGUCUUGCAGGACUGAAGGUCUAGAAAUCUUGAGCAAGGCGGCGCAAUCUUGAGGUUCAAAUGUCAUAAUGACUAUAUGAAAAAAACAACCCCACCCCAAAAGUAAAAAAGUUUGUUUUUGAUGUUAGUUUGUGUUGAAGGAGAAAUGUGGAUCAAAUGAGUGGGCAAAAAUAAUGGAUUCUGGGAUGGUAAUCUGUGUAGUUUGAGUAUACCUUGGUUAUUUGCUUUAUAUCUUUAUUCAUGUUUCUUAUGUUCUUUUAUUCAGUUUAUCUUUACUCAUGUUUCUCAUUUAUCUUUCUUCUAUUUGUAUUAAUUUGUUCCUUUUGGUGAUUUCA